AUGACCUACUCCAGCACCCUGGGCAGCCACCCCAAGAUCCUGUUGCAACUGUCGCCACAGAAGGGACUCUAUUCCAAGGUGACUUUCAACCUGGCCGCCCCGACCAGCGGCCACCGGUUGAGGAGCAUCUCGUACUUCUCCUGCUUGGCCGAAGAUCUUGCGCUGUACGAGCUCAAGAAGAAGGUCAAGGUCAUCGUCACCACCGUGGCGCAGAACCGGGCCAGAGUCGAGCUCCUGCGGCGCGUCUACAGGGACGACCCAUGGGCGCGCGACCUCUUCGUCUUCAUCAGCGACACCGAGGACCCCGAUCUCGGCACCAUCACCGUCCCCAAGUGCAACGCGAUGCGUUCCUGGGUCUCGGCCAAGUGCUGCCGGUUUGCGCAUUUCUACUUCAGAGUGUGGGAGGAGCGGUAUCCGGAGGUCGAGUGGGUGUUCAAGGCCGACGACGACAGCUACGUGCACCCGCGCAACCUAAUCCUCACGGUGGCCAGCCUGAUUGCCGCGGGCUCGUCGAACGGUAGCAACGCCGCCAGCAACUCUGCCGACAAGCCGCUCUUCCUGGGCGAUCGCACGUCGUGGUACAACGGCCGACGAGACGACGACCCUGCCUCCCCCGAUCUGCGCUCCAUCACCAUCUGGCCCCAUGGCGGAGCCGGGUGGCUGAUCAACCGGGCGGCGAGGGACCACCUGAAGAGCAAGCCGAGCUUGGGGUGCGGCGGGCUCGACGACGUGGGCUUCGGCCAGUGGGCCACCCGCAACGGGCUGGCCCUGACCCCCUACCACGGGUUCCACCAGCGGUCGGCCUUCGAUGGGCGGCUCUACGGCGAGGGCAGAGACUUCCUCGAUUCUGUCGUGCCGGCUGCCUUCUUCCUCUGCGUCAAGGAUGACGUCAUCCGGCUUCCCUACUACCCCGUCACGUUUCACAAGCUCAUGGCCACCUUUCCUCAGAUGCACGAGGUCAUGAACAGGAAGAGGUUCGAGCUGGUACCUCUACCGGAGCUGCGGGCGGAGGACAAGCAUCUGGAAGCCCGGGGCGACAACUACUACCGCCGGGUGCGGCCCUGGCUGGAGGCGCUCGCGGCCAACAAGACCGCCUAUGCGCACGCAGACUGUCGCUCCGUCUUUGACCUGGACACGAUUCUGAGCCUCAAACACGACCUCCAACUCCCCUAG